AUGGCAGUUCACUCGGUAUCAAAGGAGCAUUGCAUCGCUUCAUUAGCGCUAGCUUGGUUUAUACUUGGAGGUGUGCCAUUAUCGUACGCAGUGAACCACGCCCAGUCACAAAUCAAGUGUCACUACAUUCCAUUACUAUCAAAAGCCUAUUGCUCGAAAAGGCCCUUGAGAGAACAUUUAGAGGCCUUGAGUGAGGGUCCCAGCAGCCAGCUAAAGCAGCUGGCUUUCAAGGCUCCUUUCCACUCUUUAUACUACCGAUGGCAUCUUUUUGAGAAGCUUCGGAAAGAUAGACAGGACGAGAAAACCAAGACUCACCUCGUCGCCUUAUAUACCCUAUACUAUGGACUACUUUUUUUCCGGCAUAGAAUGGAUAGCCAGUACGGAGAAAAUAUGGGUAAAGAAUUCUUUGCCCCGGAAUUUCGAUACAUCGAUUGUAAUGGGCUUAGCUUUCGUUAUAUUCCCGACUCGGUCGACAUUCACAAAUUCGAAGGCGUGGAGAAGCUUCUGUAUCAUCAUUGA